AUGGCGAUGGAGCAAAUUAUUAUCCUAAUCACGGCCUUGUUUGUCUGCGCAGAAAAGGGUAAGUCUGUGUCAAGUAGACAAGGGAUAGACUUUUAAUAUCAGCGAUGUAGUCUUUUUUAAACGCGUCAGUAACAAAACGUGCUCAUAAAAACAACUUGCCUAAGAGACUAAAAAAAACUUAAUUUAAUGACAGAGUUCUUUUUGACUCGGUAAGUUUCUAUGCAGUUUUCAUUCAUAGGCUUUGAGAAUCAGUCUAGUUUUUGGUCUUUCCACUGAUGCUAGCGGAAAAGAAAUGAACAAAUGUCCGUAGCAACACUUACGAAUGAACAACAGGUGGUAAGUCGUUAUUCAAAGCAAAGCGUCAAGUCAAAAUUUCGUUUUCUCGCCGACAACUAUGCUAAAUUAGAGUUUCCAAGUUAUGAAUAUCGUCAUUUUUUCAUAAAGUAUUACAUAAACUUUUGCAAGUUUUUUUUUUCCAGUGCUAUAGUUUUCUUUUCGUGCUUAGAAACAACCGUGAUUUGACAGCUCUUGCUGAACAUAUUGAAAUGUUUUUUUAAAUGCACUAGAAGAGGGUCUGAAUGGGGGGUCCAUUUGUCGGUUAAAAUUCAGUUACUUUGUCGGAAGUCGGUUAAACUUCUUGAUUUUUGUCGGUUGUCCGAAAAUCUCAGUUAAUAAGUAAAAACGCUUGUUAAUUAUUAAUAUUUUUUAUGUAUUUCACCAAGUUUCAAGACUUUGAUCCCUAGGGAAAGAGUAAAACUUGUAAGAAUGCAUCAUUUGAUUGCACUUAAACUUCAUUAACUCUUGUUUGUUUAUGCAACAUGAUCGUCAGGAGCCGAUCGGCUCCUGUGGUCGUUUAUUUCACCAUUGUUUGCCAAAUGAAUAUCAUGCGUACUGAUAAGAUCACCAAACCUUUUACUGUAAAUGCGAACUUGGUUUCUCUGUCGAUUACAAGGCACAGUAAAAAGUAAUUAAUUAAUUAAUUGACUCCAGCCUUUUGGAUACUUAAAUUAUCAGCUUAGUGAAAAACUGCAAGGGGUGACGGGCUGCACAUCUAUCCUUUGCCAUAAUUUUCCUUCCUCAACGAAAUAACACUUUAACCCUCGGACAUACAAGGGGGGGGGGGGGUUGGAUGCCACCCCCGUUUAGGUUUUCUGGGAUUUUUCCAAGAGGAUAAAACAUCAGCACCUGACGUUUUCAGUAGAUGUUCGUUUAUCCUUCGCACGCAUUUUGAGACAAGUUCAGUGAUGAUCAGUUUCUAUGGUUACGAGGUAUGACGUAAUAAGUAGCAGGUUGUCAAGCCAUUUUGAGUGAAAAUAUAUGUUUUUUUCAACUGUUUUCAACAAUGAAAGAAAAAUCUUGUAGCUAAAAUCAUGCAAAGUGCUUAUUUAUGUGUUAUUAUUCAUGUCAAGCAAUUACCAUUUCUCUUUGUUUUAACCUGAUUUCGAACUCUUUGUAAUAUCCAAGAUGGCGGCAAAGAUGGCGACCAUUGUUGGUGACGUAACAGGCCUCCAGCAGUGCCACCAUUCAUAAAAUAUACCUCAUCUUGUUAAGAAGAUCAAAGGCUUUUCAGUGAAGGCAAAAUCGCUUCGAAAUACUGCAACAUAUCAAAAACUCUGGGGAGGGGUUCCAUCUACCAUCCUCUUGUACCAUGGUGGGGGAUUUGAUUUUGCGCUUACGUCUGAGGGUUAAGUUGGCAAGGUAGUUGGUUUUGUAUGUGAUUACACUUUUACAUUAAAGUUUCUUUUAUAAUAGACACUAAGGGCUUGUAUUGUGUCACGAAAGGCAAUAUUUCUUUUUCUUCCUUGUUGUUUUGUUUCAGGGGCGCUGCUUUUCUCCUGUGAGUUUUACUUCUAAUGGCAAUUUUUAUUUCAAAAUUGUGUGGCCAGCUUCUGUCCAUCAACCGCUUUUUGAAAUCUGAAAUACUUCCUCAAAGGAGUUUGUUCGUAGGAUACUCAAGGCUUCUUGUUGGUCAAAUCCAUUUUAACAUUCGGUGGGCAGGGUGGGUGGUAAGAGGUGAAAAUGUAUAUACUGGAAGGUUUCCGUUUAAAUUCUUCUUUACGUCAAUGAAUGCUUUUUCUCAUUUUUCGUUGAAUGUUGUGCCUUGGUUUACAACGGGGUCUAAAAAGAUUGUCUCAGUGUCAGAUAUUUCGGGCGUAAAUUUCAUAACCAGUAGAGCAGUAAGGAGAAGUAAGUUUACUUGUUCCGUGAAUUUGAAGAAAUCUACCAUGUCUGGUUUACUUAUAUCCCAUAGGGAAAAAAUAUCAUCUAUGUAGCAUUUUCAAACAGUUGGUUUAAAAACGAUUUUGCUUAAACUUUGUGUUUCAAUAUAUGCGGCCAUGAAAAUGUUGAAAAGGAAACUGCUGUAUGUGCUUAUCGCGGUACUGUGGUUUCUUACUGACAGUGCUUUCCUUUAAUUGGAAAGAAUUUUCUUUCAGGAUUAAUCUAAGCAUUUCUCGGACCGAAACAAGAAAUGUUCAGUUUUUUCACCUUUGUCUUUUCAAUAAAAUAUAUAAAGUCGGUAGCAUCUUUAAGGACUGUGGCUUCUGUGAUUAUGAUAUGGGUUGUAGUAAUGUAUCCGUAUCAACAAAAGAGGAAGUUCUUUCUGUUAGACCAUCUGAUGAGUCAUAAAUUUAAAGAAGUUACUUCCUAACGGCUGGAAAAAAGUGCAAAAUGCUCUUUUUUCUGAAACAAAUAUUGAUAAUGUCAGCCCAUGUCGGUAGUCGGUUAAUAUUUUUCCUGUCGGUAGUCGGUAAUUUUUUACUCGUUUUGUCGGUAGUGAGUAAUAUUUUUCGCCCUUUGUCGCUAGUCGGUUAACCCCAUUUGCCGGUUAACGGUCUCUUUAUACAAAGCAGAGACCAGGCUCGAAAACGGGUAAAAUUCCAGCUUGUCGUUUGGACAAACAACUUUCACAUUUUGACUUGCCCGGGACCACUUCUUGCUUGUUUUAGCUAAUGAUUUAGUUAGAGGAUGACAUACUUGGCCCCUUGCCCAUCGGACAAGUGAGGUUUAAAAGUGACUUGUCCCGGACGACCGGACGGGACUUUAUUCAAGCCUCGAGAGACCAUGUUAUUUUGUACAAGAAUUCAUCAGGCAAUGAACGUUAUUCUAACUCAGUGUUCAUCGUCUGCAUGGCUAUAUCACUUUUCCUUCACCAUUGUAACUUCACGCACGAUUUAGUUCUCAAACCGCGGAAUAUAAGACAAAAUACACCAAGGCUGAUUCAGACGCCGAACUUUUCAUGUACUUAAUUCAUUGUAUUAGGUUCGGCAAAAGAAAAGUUCGACGUCUGAACCGGGCCUACAGCUCAUUACCCUUUGUAGUUUUACCGCCUACCUAAAUGCCUUUAACAACUGUUGUCAGAGAUUAAUAAAACCAGGAGCCUUUUACAUCGGUUUCUCAGAAACUCAGAGAUAGGGCUUUUGUUCGCAGAGUACAGCAAUAUACAUUAUCAACAAUAUCUUUAGCCAAAAGGUUUUUCUCUCCUUGGAAAAAGGUUAAGAGACAAUAUAUAUUGGUGCAGAAAUUAGUUCCCUCUCCCAUGAAAUUUACUGACUAAUAACGCAAUUAAAAUCGAAAGGGAAAAGCUGGCCACAGUACCUUAUGGUGACAUGCUUGAAUUGAAACACACCAGCGGUUUGGAGACGUUUUUGUCUGGUAUCAAAGAAUCAGCCGACAUAACCGGUCACCUCAAAGGUGAUUAAAAUAAACUAAUAAAAGCUACUAUAAUAGCUACUUUGGAAAUAGGUUUACCUAAAAAAACUGUUGGACGCUUAAGGCCCAUUUGGCGAUAACAUUAUCAAAAAUCCGGCCAUAUAUAUUGCCAUAAAAAGUAUCAAGCAUUUAUUUCGGAACAGAACAGGGCUAGAAUUUCGGGCCUCUAGUUUUCGCGGGAUAUAACAGAAAACUUACAUUGAUUAGUACCGGCUAACCAACAUGGAACAUUUUCCUACAGGUGUUACCUUUAAAUGUUUCCAGUGCAGUGGUAGCAUUCAGGAAUGUAACAGCAUGAGCGCUAAAAACGUUACUUGUGAAACCGGCCAGGACAGAUGCCUGAAAAAGAUGAUGAGCAAAGACGGCAAAGAAUCUGGUAUAUACGGGUGCGCAUCUUCUCUCGACUGCAGGGCGGCUGAGGCAUCUUGUACAGCGGUCGGGGAAGACAACGCCAGGGCAACGUGUACGUACGAAUGCUGCAACACAACGUCUUGCAAUAGACCUCUAGCAAAAAGUAUGGUGCUUCUCUUAGAUUUAAUAUCCAAACUGAAUUUCAUUGUUGUUAAUCCUACUUAAGAUCAUCUUCAGGAUGACCGGCGGAUAGUAGGGUACAAGAGGCCCUUUACAGCUAGCCAUUCACGCGGUAGAAAACGCCAUCCUGGAGAACAAAAGUCGCACUGGGACAAGACAAACAAAAGAAAUUACCAUCUAAAAUUAUGUAUGCCUUUUGUUUGUCUUGUCCCAGUGCGUCCCUUGCUCUCCAGCACGGCGGUUUUGUACUUCGUGAAUGACAAGCUGCAAAGAGCCUAGUCCGUUUUAAAUUGGCCCUUAACAUGUUCAUAAGUCAUAUGGCACGAGAACGGCAACCUGGAGAAAAAGCAACAUUGUGGUACCUUAAGGGUCUUUUGAAUCCGUUUGAAUGGGCUCCAAAGUUUUAACAACCUCAUCCAGCCCCGUCCAACAAGCUCUUUACUUUCAUUCACUAACUUAGUUGCUUGCUGAUGUUGUAUCAGGUGACCAUCACAGCAAAUUUAAAAAUCUAUAAGAGUGUCAUGGUGUCUUACAGACACAAGGGAGCCUCGUUUUGCGUCUCUUUGAGGACGGCAGUCUCUGGAGGCUUCACUUUUUUCGGAAAUUAAACAAUAAAACUCCACAAUAUCUUGUACUUUGUUGACAGCUGAUUAUAUAUUUAUAAGUGGGUGGGAUAUGAUCGUGCGUGUGAGUGUGGUCCUAAAUAGGACUGUUGUUGACACAGAUUAACUUUUCUACAAACUGUGCGGUAUAACAUCUUCAGAGUCAAAAAUUUUUAUAUAUUUCAUUUAUAAUAACUCUCAGGUGACAACUUGAAGUGCUAUAUGUGUGAAAGCGCAAAAUCAAUGGACGACUGCGUGCAAAAAACUACGUCUGGACGCUGCGCAGAAGGACAAACAAAGUGCGGCAAGUUUACUACUGAAUUGAUCAUGCAAGGAAAGAAAGUCAUGGUGUAUCGAAAGGGAUGCCAAACUGAAACGUCCUGUAAAAAGGAAAAAGAUCUGUACGGCCAGGCCUGUGGGUCUGAUGGCACCUGCGAAUUUCAUUGCUGUGAAGGAGAUUUGUGUAAUGCUGGCUCAUUUGCUUCUGUCAGCGUUGUGUCCCUCUUCACAUGCACUUUGCUGUAUAUUCUUUACAUCUAGGACAGUGCUGUAUGGUAGCACCAACAGUUAUGUGCCAGCUGCACGUCAUUUACAGGCAAUCAUAUUCAAGAAUAAUUUAGCUCAGCAUAUUUAAGGUAGACAGGCCUUUCCCGUUAGAAGACAUUUUUUAACUGAAGACAUUACUCCGAGAAGAGUAGGUUAAGCUAAAAAAAAGAAGCACCAAUUAAUGGCUGGUAAACGUUUAUUCUUCGUGAUUUUUGUUCAGGUACCCACAACAUCGAGCGCAAGCCGUAAAGGAAAAUAACGAGGUUAGCGUAGGAUUUUUUAACAGAUAUUCAAGCUCUUAAGUCUUAAGAUGUCAAAUAAAGCUAAUCAUUCUGAAUUUGUGGGGAUUCCUUUCAAGAAGCAAAUGUAAAUCCAAGGGGGUAGGUAGACCAAGGGCGCGGACCGGGAUCCCAUCCUCGCCAUCCAUGAGGCUAGGAAUUUUUUUUUGGUAAAUUAACUCGUUGGUUUUUUCUUCUGGAAGUGCAUGUACUAAGAUCUACGAAGUAAUGUGUGAAACCC